CGCACCGUACCCUUCGGGAAGCAUUCAUUUCUUCAUCUCGUCUAUACCUCGUGGAUCAGUCUGACUACUCCCUCGUCUAAUCCCUUCUUGCUCUCCCAUAGCAACAUCCUCCCUUGAUUGUUUCAUCACUAGCCCUUACUUCCUGCCUUUGACCUCGGACCAAUUUAUUACCAACUGUCUUUCCCGCCCUGAGACCCUUCUCGUCGAUCUAUCCUCCCCAGAGACAUUUGUUUAUAUCAAUCUCAGACAUUCACACAUACAUAUCGGCGCAUCGUACAUAUCGACCUCUCUCUGGGUCAUCCACUCUACUAAGACAUACAUAUCCUCCCGCUGCACCUCACCUUAUCUCGAAACCCUAAGCAACUGCGGCAGCCAUGUUUGAAGACAUGAGUUCGAUGGCCGAUGACAUCUCACGGCGCUGCUCUCUUCCAAGCGUCCGUUCUAUCGCCAGCGCACCUAACGCAACGGAAAUGACUGAGGACCGUCGGCUACCGCCCCUGCCCCGCGUAGACCCAUUGCCUCGCGGGCCAUUCAAUCCUUUGGCCUCCUCCAAGAUCUUCGCUCCUAGCCCACCUAGCUCCCAGGAAUCAUUCCCUGUCAAGUCGCCGUUCCCAGCAUCCGAACACAUGGUUACACCCCCCUCGCCUGCCAAUUCGGCCGAUAGCUCAUGGCCCGAGUCCCUGCCUUCUCAGAAAAUGUUUGAAUGGCCCCAGGAGCUUUCUUCAGCCGACCUCGUGAACUUGAUCGCCCCAAAGCAUAUUAACCGCAAGCCUCCACUGCAGCAACUGUGUGGCCGAAAGCGUAAGGGAAGCAUGAUCACCGGUGAAUGUGAUGAUCAGAGGGAGAAGCACCGCAUUGCAGAGGGCAACCGACGAAAGAACUUGAGCCAGUUGCACCGUGAACUGGACAGUCGUAUUCAUGACUUCUUCCUUGAGCGGGCCGGGUGGAAUCCAUCCAAGAGUCUUCCUGAGUCGAAGGAGCACAUCGUGCAGGGUGCUAUUUUCCUCAUCGAUUUCAUGCUUCUGAUCAUAGUCCACCUUAUUCGUCAGGAAAAUGAGAUGCCUCGACAGCUAUCUGAGAAGCUUCAGCCUCAAAUCCGGUGUAUGCAGCUCCAGCAGUUGAUCGCCAACCUCCAGCAGCAGAACCAGUCCGCUCAGCAACAGAUCAAGUCCUUGAAGCAAGAAAAUCAGCUAUUGGAGGAGCGUAACCAGGCGCUUGAGCUCCAGCUGAAGUCCUAUGAACACAUGUUCCGAUCGCCCAAGACCGAACAGCCAAGUCCCCAGCCUCUUCCCCAGCUUUCCAAUUCGAGGCCGCGCAACAUGUUGCCUGGCCUACGUGUUUUCUGCGACGAGAUCGCCGUGAAUGGCACGGAGGCCUCCCGCUUCGACCCCCCACACACCGGGUCUUCCCAGUCCUUUUCGCAGAGCUUCCUCAGCCAUUCGCCCCCAAUGACCGGGCCUUCGUCGCCGGUCUUCACACAAUCGACUUUUUCGGUUCCCGCGUCACGGCGCCAGUCCAUAGUUCCGUCGCCAUGAGAUGGUGGCUGGGCAUGUUGCCUCACAUACAGAACCCUUACUUGGCGUUGUAAUGAAUUUCCUUGUGCUUGGGCAUAGAAUUGUGAUUUGGAGCCGAUUCUGCUGUUUCGAUUGUGUUUUCUGGCAUAGCGUGGCAUUGUACCAUUUGAUUUUCCAUCGGGACGGAUUAUGUACACUGGAAUGUCUUGGUGUUCUCAGCAGGGGUCUAUGGGCCUCUGUCUUCUUGUUUUCACUGGAUCCUGGCGAACUGGAGCAAGUGUGGUGUACAUCAAAAACUGGGUCAGGAAUUGUGAGUUGCACGGAUUUCCUUUUUUUUUUUUUUUUUUUUUUU